AUGAAGGAUAAUAGCCACCAGCAGGCUUUCAAUUUCCUGCCUGGCCAAUGGCUUGAUGUUCAUAUCCCCGCCAUCGCCCAAGCGGGAGGAUUCACCAUAACAUCUACACCCGCAGAUGCAAAAGAGCUGCCAAUACCCGAAAAUCCCGUAGACUUGCUAUCCGAGGGAGAGCUAGCCCCGUUGCCAGAGUCCCAAGGACGAGUACCAUAUGUGGAGCUGGCCGUACAAAACUCCCCAGGCAACCCUUCUGCCGCAUGGCUAUGGAGACCAAACGAGGAGAUCAUAGGCAAAGAACUGAACAUCCGUGUCGGAGGAAGCUUUGUCUGGCCACCGACGGGAAUAAACAUCAGUGACGUGAAGAAUGCAGUCUUUGUUGCUGGCGGUGUAGGCAUCAAUCCGUUGAUAUCAAUCCUCUCACACCUAAACAAUAACCAGCCACAAACGCCCACUCCAAGCACUAUCCACAUCUUAUACACCAGCCGCCUACCGCAUGGACAUGAAACACUCCCAGCAGACGAGGUACUAGAUCAGGUCCUAUUUCUGCGGCGUCUGCGGCAGAUACUCCUGUCCCAGGAGACGUCACACCGACUCCAGAUAUCGCUGGACUUGUUCCUCACAAACGUAGCUCCGUCAUCUGAUCUACUCACGUCUGGUUCUCCGUCUGAUAUUACGAUUCAUUCGUCGCGAAUCAGCGAUAGUGAUCUACGCUUUGCGGUGGGCAGUAAAGAAAAUGGGUUAGAUCCUUGCGAAACAGUGUGCUAUGUUUGUGGGCCGCCUGCUAUGACCGAUUCCAUCGUUGAGAGAUUACAAGGGAUGCUCGGAGAGGAUGCGGAGAAGCGUAUAUUUUUCGAAAAAUGGUGGUGA